GCUGACUGAUACGCACAAUUCCGAUAUCGGUCAUACAGUUCACAUUGCACUUCCGAAACACAACAAAUAAAAAUUCUUUAAAAAUGAAAUUCGUCGUAGUUUUGUCUGCCCUCUUCGCUGUGGCCUUGGCUGUUCCCCUUGACGAUUCAAGGAAUGCCCAGAUCUUGAGAUACGAAAGCGACAAUAUUGGUGUUGAUGGAUACAAUUUUGCAUAUGAAACGAGUGAUGGAGUUUCUCGCCAAGAAAGUGCCCAACUCAAGAAUCCUGGAACAGAAAAUGAAGCCAUCUCUGUUCGUGGUACAGUUUCAUGGGUUGCUGCCGAUGGACAAACGUACACUUUGAAUUAUUUGGCCGAUGAGAAUGGUUUCCAACCUGAAGGUGCUCAUUUGCCAGUUGCAGCUUAAGGAGAUAUAAACACAUUUUUUAAAUCGCCUCAACCCGUUGUUAAUUAGUUUUUAUAAAACUGAGUGAAAACUUGACUGUAUUAAUAAUUUAGAAACACAAAUCAUUAAAAAACUUUGAAAAGAA